AUGAAUAAAACUACCGAAGAUGAGACUACCAUCACAAAACCGAGCAAAUGCCUAGGCGUACGUCACGUGCAAAUCGCGUUUCUGUUUACUGUCAUCAUCGUUGGGUAUGCUACGCGAUCCAACUUGAACAUAGCGCUGCUCGCUAUGACGGACAAGAACAGUACAUAUUUCUUUGACAUAGAUCUGAAGACCCAGAGCACGCUGCAGACGUCUCUCUUCUGGGGAUACCAAGUCGCCCUGGUACCAGCUGGAGAGCUGGUCACGAGAUUCGGUGCGAGACGUUUCCUCCUCCUUCAUGCUAUCGUUAAUGCGCUUGCGUCGUUUGCAAUACCGUUCAGUAGGUUUUUGGGACCCCAAGGCUGGAAGAUGAUCUACGGUUGUAGAGUUGUUCAGGGUCUGUUCCAAGCUUUCCUUAUACCUGGGUCCCUUACGCUGAUCAGCAAAUGGGUUCCCGAAGGAGAGAGGAGUCGCCUCGGCAGCUUCACUUAUUCAGGCAUCCAACUCGGGAACGCCUUUCAGAUGGCAACGUCUGGUCUCCUGGCUGAUUAUUGGGGCUGGCCAUCUAUUUUCUACUUCUAUGGUGUCUUGGGUUCGAUAUGGUUCGUGGCGUUCGCCCUUUUUGGAGCAGAGUCACCUGCUGAGUCAAAGUUGAUCAGCGAAGAGGAACGAAUAUACGUACAGAAAUCUUUGGGCUCUCGCAGCAUGAAACAGAAACUGCGCACUCCGUGGAAGGCUCUAUUCACAUCGAUGCCUUUCAUUGCAACGAUAAUCACCUUCUGCGCGUUCAAGUGGGAGUUCUACACUCUGCUCACGCAAAUACCUACUUACAUGAAACAGAUGCAAGGGCUUAACAUAAAACAGAGCGGUUUGGUGACAGCGAUACCAUAUCUAGCACUGUUCCUAUGUGCCUCUCCCGCGGGAUACCUCGCAGAUCUCAUGAUUAGGAGGAAGUGGUGCACAGUCACCACCGUGAGAAAGCUUUUCACCACACUUGGUUUCAUCUGUCCCGCUACGUCUCUUCUAGCUCUAUCUCAAGCGUCUCCCAACAGCACACCUGCAGCCGUUGCUUUCCUUACUCUUACGGUCGCCAGCAGCGCUGGAAUAUACCCUGGCUUCUUGAUCUGUCACCUGGACAUGGCGCCAAACUUCCCGGCGAGCAUGAUGGCAAUUACGAACGUGUUCGCGAACCUGAUGUCCAUCAUCGCUCCGAUUGUGGCUGGGUUUAUGCUGGGAGAUGGGACGGAUUUGGGAAAAUGGCAGCAAGUGUUUUACGUGGCCAUUGCUUUUCACGUUGCUGCUUCUAUCUUCUACCUAAUAUUCGCCGACUGCAGGGAGCAGCCGUGGAAUGACCCUGACUACAAGAAAAAUAAGAAACAAGUGACGGAAGGCUGA